AUGUCCACCACAACGCCAGCGUCAGAGACCAAACCGAGCCAGGUUUACGAAGCAGGAUGUCAUUGCGGGUACAUCAAGUUCAGCGUGAACCUGUCGCCUCCCUUGCCUGAGAAUAAACCCCUGCUUUGCGAUUGCUCCGCGUGCCGUCGGUUUGGCUACCUGCUUGUCUAUCCGGUCCGCCAAGACGUCGAAUGGCACGGCGACUCAUGGACGCGCCUGUCCAAAUACCAGUUCAACACGAAGCAAAAGGACCAAUUGUUCUGUGGCAAGUGUGGCGCGAGCAUAGGCAUUGACUUUCGCGACUUUGAUGCGCCUCACCCCAGCCGGUUUGGCAUCAGUGUCCGCACUUUCAAUGGCAUUGAUCUCGACGCCCUGGAGUACAGGCCGUUCAAGGGCUCGGAGAAGGUGGUUCCGGCAGAGGACUUGUCCGGAGUGCAGUAUGAGCUGGACGAGAAGGAGAAGGCCAAGAAAGAUGCAGGGGAGGAUGCAGAGAAGGAAAUUGCUGUUGCAGCUGUGACUGCUUGA